AUGAAGAAACUUCCAUCUGAGCUCAGACUUGCUAUUGCCCGAAAGGUUCCAGCAGAUGAUUGGAACAUGACAAGGAUACUGGAGGUGCUGUUAGCAGAGGUAGAAGCUAGAGAGAGGGCCUCCCUGCCUAAGACUAAACAGAGUGGUUUUACACCAAAGCGUGGAAGGGAUUUUCCCACUACUGCCACUUUUACUGGAGGUAGCCAGAGUGGUUGCUGCUUUUGCCAGAAAGAGGACCACACACCUGCCCAGUGUACUAAGGUCACUGGAGUUGAUGAGAGAAAGCGAAUGAUUAGAGAGCAGGGCAGAUGCUUUGUUUGCCUCCGCCCAGGUCACAUUAGUAAGCACUGUCGCUCUUCAAUGAGCUGUGCUACUUGUAGAGGGAGACAUCACUCUAGUGUAUGUAUGAGGAACUCAAAGCCUAAAUCAGGCCAGAGGCCUCCUACUGCUAGAGAUGGUGCUUCCCCACAUUUGUCUAAGGGGCUUAAUCCAGAGACCCCUCCAUUUGAAGGAUCAAAUACGGGUGCCACAUUCUAUACUAGUUCUAGAGAGUCUACUCUCUUGCAAGUGGCACGCGUCUUUGCCUUCAAUCUAAAUGAGCCUGGUAAUAGAAUGUCUUUAUAUGUCCUAUUGGACAGUGGGAGCCAGUGCUCAUAUAUUACUCGAAGUGCAUGCCAGAGGUUGGGAUUGCCAUCUCUGGGCACUAAAUCAGUUUCUAUAAUGACCUUUGGGUCUAGAAAGGAGUGUCGUACUGAAUGCCAUGUUGUAAAACUGGGUCUUGAGCUUAAAAAUAAUGCUCAUAUGGAGCUUAAGCUGCUCACAGUUAGCCACAUUUGUGAGCCUUUGAUGUAUGAAGCCAUAGAUUUGAAUAAGUAUCCUCAUCUGAAUAAUUUGGACUUUUCUAUUCCAUUGGAUCAUUGCAAGCAGAUAAAGCCAGACAUCUUAAUUGGAUCUGACCAGUAUUGGUCUCUACUUACAGGGGAGAUAAUGAAGAGUAACAAUGGACCUGUUGCUCUAAACUCAUGCUUUGGCUGGAUUUUAUCUGGUACUGCUGCUGUGAAACAGUCUAGUGCACGGAGUGCUACUAUGGUCACCCAUGUUUUAAGGGUUGAUGGUGUCCAUGAAGACAUGAGCCUAGAACAUAGAUUACAUUCCUUUUGGGAGAUAGAAUCUUUAGGAAUUUUGGAAGAUGAGAAUUUAGUGCAAACUCAAUUUGGUGGUCAUGUGAAGUUUGCUAAUGGUAAGUAUGUUGUUUCCCUGCUGUGGAAAGACUCUUGCAUUUCUCUUGCUGAUAACUAUCAGCUUUGUUUACGUCGAUUGAGUGGUUUGUUUAAGCGCCUGAAGAGCUCUCCUGAGUUAUUGAAGAAGUAUGAUGAUAUCAUUAGAGAGCAACUAGCCUUGGGAAUUAUUGUCCCUGUUGAGAACUCUGAAGAAUGCAGUGUGGCUCGUAUACACUAUUUACUGCAUCAUUGUGUGUUGAGACAGGAUAAGUCUACUACAAAAUUAAGAAUUGUAUAUGAUGCCUCUGCUAAGACUAACGGUCCAUCAUUGAAUAAUUGCCUCCAUAUAGGACCUUCAUUGCAUCAAAAGGUUUUUGAUAUUCUUUUGAGAUUUAGGAUGUGGCCUAUUGCUAUCGUGGCUGAUAUAGAGAAAGCCUUUCUUAUGAUUCAGGUGGCAGAU